AUGCCUCCAAGGAGCAUAGCCCCAAGACUCUUCUCCCGCAAACGACCACACAUCUCAACCUCACCAGCCUCACACCCCCAGCCAUGCCCAUACUCACACUCAUACUCACACGCAACGCCCUCCCCCAAACCCAUCGACAUCCAAGACCUCAGAUCAAGACCCCCCAAGGUCAUCCGCGACUACCUCGUCCCCAUGCCCUCCCACCUCCUCACCACCACCCUCGACGACCUUCUCCUCCUCCGCACACCACCAGCAUCAACAACAAGACAGCAGCACCUCCCGCAGGGCCACCACCUGGUCUACUUCCCCCUACAAACGCCCGCAUCGCAGCUCGCCCCCGACGGCGCAGACAGAGACCACGCGCCCAACGAGGAAUUCACCAAGCGCCUCUGGGCAGGCGGCGAAGUGCGCUUCCACCACCACCACCGGAGAAACCUGGUGCUUGACGGAAGGCCAUGGGUUUGUAGAGAAGAGAUCGGGGACGUGCGCGUCAAGGGCGAGGAGAAGAAGCCCGGCAGUGAAAAGGUGUUUGUCGACGUGUGGAGGAGAUAUGCCCUCGGGCAUGACCCGAACCCGAAGGAAUGGGAUAUCGAGGAGCGCAGGACGUUGGUGUUUAUGCGCGGAACGGGAGAUGAUGUUUCUCAGGAGGCACCCAAAGGACGACUUGUCAAGUGUGAGUUCCCCUUUCUUCUAUCCUGA